GCGCUGUCACUGUUAUGGUCCUGUCAGGGCGCCGGCGUCGUGGUGUUUGGGCGGUCGCCACCGAGAGGACUUUGGGGGGGCAGUCUCGGGGUAGCCCCCGCGGCCCCCUGCGCUUGUUGCGGGUCUCGUUUCCUGCCUGCAUCUCCCUGCUUGCGGGCCGCACCGUAGGGCGCGCGUGCGGGUAGGCGCCGUGGCCACCUUGGGGCCUGGGCCUGCUGCAGCCUCCUCCACCGCCGCAGGCUCUGAGGGGCCGCGAGAUGCAGCCGCCGGGCCCGCCCCCGGCGUAUUCCCCCACUAACGGGGACUUCACCUUUGUCUCCUCAGCUGAUGCGGAAGAGCUCAGUGGUUCAAUAGGAGCCCCAGAUGUCAAAUUAAACCUUGGUGGAGAUUUUAUCAAAGAAUCUACAGCGACUACAUUUCUGAGACAAAGAGGAUAUGGCUGGUUGUUGGAAGUCGAAGAUGAUGAUCCUGAUGAUAACAAGCCCCUCUUGGAGGAAUUGGAUAUCGAUCUAAAGGAUAUUUACUACAAAAUCCGAUGUGUUUUGAUGCCAAUGCCGUCACUUGGUUUUAAUAGACAAGUGGUGAGAGACAAUCCUGACUUUUGGGGUCCUCUGGCUGUCGUUCUUUUCUUUUCCAUGAUAUCAUUAUAUGGACAGUUUAGGGUGGUCUCAUGGAUUAUAACCAUUUGGAUAUUUGGUUCACUAACAAUUUUCUUACUGGCCAGAGUUCUUGGUGGAGAAGUUGCAUAUGGCCAAGUUCUUGGAGUUAUAGGAUAUUCAUUACUUCCUCUCAUUGUAAUAGCCCCUGUACUUGUGGUGGUUGGAUCAUUUGAAGUGGUGUCUACGCUUAUAAAACUGUUUGGUGUAUUUUGGGCUGCCUACAGUGCUGCUUCAUUGUUAGUGGGUGAAGAAUUCAAGACCAAAAAGCCUCUUCUGAUUUAUCCAAUCUUUUUAUUAUACAUUUAUUUUUUGUCCUUAUAUACUGGGGUGUGAUCUAAGUCAUGUGAGUAGAAAAAGACAAUGUUACAUCUGUGUGAAGGCUGGGAACUUUUGCUGAAGGGAUUGAAGAAAACUCAUUACUGGUAAAAUUUUACAUAUUCCACAUGUAAAGACAGGUUUAAGGUUUUUUUAAACCAAUUAUUUUUUGUAUUUAAGCAAUUGCAGUUAUCUGGAUUUUUUUGGUCAGAAGUCUAAAUUCUGUUUGAUUCUUCAUAUUCCACUAAAUAAAAUAUAAAAGCAUUGUGUUUUUAAGAUUGUGUUAAUAUUCACCUAAAUACUUGUGCCAAAAACACCUGGAAUGGUAAUUAUACUUCACUUAAAGCAGAAAAAUGACAACAUCCUGAUAAUCUAAAAGUGCAAUUUUUUUUCUUUAAAGGGUUUUCUCCUGCAUCACAGAUCCUGUAGAUAUAUAUUUAUAUUUAUACAUCUAUAUUUAUGAAAUAAUUCUUAUUAUUCACAAAAUAUAUUUAUGAAUAGCCGAAAAAUUAAGAUAUUUUAAAUCGGAUGCUUAAACUUUCUUUAAUUUGGCCAUUAGUCUUCUAAUUUAUAAAUUUAAAUUUGUUUUUUAAAUUGUAUAUAGUUUUUAAAAUCUUACACAUACUUCAAUAUGUCCUUGUUAAGAAUUCUUAAUAACAGCUAAUACUAAUUUUAACAGUUACUGAUGUAGAUUUACUUUGUUUGGGUGUGCUUUUAAAAACCAUUUUUGAAUAUCUAAACAUCUGAUUUAAAUUUCUGUUUAUAUUUCUGACCAAAGGAGCAAAAGUAUAAUGGAUAUGGCAUUCAUUAAAAUUGUCAAUAUGUAGAAAAGCGAUAAUAUUUAUAGCAUCAGUAAAUAUUAUUAAGUGACACUCCUAAGUCAUAAACGUUGCUGGAAAGAGACCUUUAAAAUCUUGUGGUCCAAUGUUAUAUAUGAAGUAGAAAAAAAUAAAAUGCUUCCUAGCGGUG